AUGGACUACACUAUGGAAGACACUCAGAACGCCGCCCCUCAGGCGCACGAGGCCUCUAAGCUAGGUGCCUCUGCUCCUCGCACCGACACCCAGAGUGUCACCAAACGCUUGCAGUCAGAGCUCGUCCAGCUCAUGCUUUCUCCGUCCCCCGGCAUCUCCGCUUUCCCCAAUGCUGAUGGCAACCUGCUCUCAUGGACAGCAACCAUCGACGGACCGACGGAAACGCCUUACGAGAAUUUGACAUUCAAGCUCUCCUUUGCCUUUCCUAACAACUAUCCAUACGCUCCCCCGACUGUUCUUUUUAAGACGCCUAUCUACCAUCCCAACGUCGACUUCUCCGGCCGCAUUUGUUUGGAUAUUUUGAAGGACAAGUGGAGUGCCGUAUACAACGUGCAGAGCGUUCUACUGAGCUUGCAGAGCCUUCUCGGCGAGCCCAAUAAUGCGAGUCCGUUGAACGGCCAGGCCGCAGAGUUCUGGGACAGCAACCCCGAAGAAUUCAAGCGCCAGGUUCUCGCAAGACAUCGCGACAUUGAAGACGAUGAGUAG